AUGGCUUCCUGGGGGAGAGGUCUGGGGAACUUCGUAGGGCGUCGUAAGGAAAACACCGAAGAAAGCGAUCAGGUGAAAAGCUUCAAGAUGAUGCAGGGCGCUGAAAUUAAGCUUCUGUAGAAGACGUGAGACAGUAGAAGGUGUCCUUGGUCGCAGAUUAAACAAUUGGAAAACAAACUGGUGACGUUGGCGAGGGGUGGAAGUGGAUAGACAAUGAUCGGACUUAUAGAAAUAGAGGUUUAGCAGGUUAUAAACAUUGUUUAUUAAUAAAAACAACAGAAUCAAAAUGAAAAGUCGGAGAAGUGCUACUAGUUAAGUUAGUAAAAGUAGAUUGAUAGAAGUAAUCAUAUUAGAAUUAGUCCUCUGUGUUGUAUAUGCAUUUCUUGGCUAAUAUCGCUGCAUCACUCCCUCUCCGAGUUCAAAAAUUUAUUUCAGCUUGAUAAGUUUAAGUAAAAGUAUUCCGUGAAAAGCACCUGGACCAGGACACCAUGAUCGCUGUUUCGGAAGUAUCACGACUUUUGCACACCCUCUAUUUUAUGGCUCACAACUACAUCACAGUCAUAUUGAUUUAUCAUUUCUUUUUGAUCCCGGAACCCCCGUGAGACUUACUUUUGUAUUUGUCCUUCAACAAGAGAAAGAGUACAACUCGCCCAUAAUUCUCCGAUACAGGUACUCCGUUUCUGUCCAUUAAUUUAUGAGGAAAAAUUGGUUGUCUCUUCAAUAAGUCCAGUGUGUCAGGUCCUAAGAGAUCAGACUCCUACUACUUGUUCUUCUCUCACUCCCCCUCUUCUUUCACUCCUCCUCUGCUUCUUCCUCUGCUUCUUCCUCCUCUUCCUCCUCUGCUUCUUCCUCCUUUUCUCCCCUCGUCCCUCAUCGUUCUCCCCCUCUUCUAAAAAUCGUUGAGAAUUGGGAAAGCGCUAUGCGUACAUGGGCUAUUCUUAGGAGCACGAUGUUGGACGACUUGAGCCUUCGCUUAGCCUACGUCCCGAAGAAUCCAGGUCCCAUGAAAACAAAGAAAAAGAAAGAUUUAAGGCUCCCGAAUACCAGCGCGGUGCUUAAGUUUUUUGAAGUUUUUGCUUUUCAAAAGCAAAGUAAUAGUCAUACCGACAAAGUGCUCUCGUAUUAGUAUUAGUUGAAGCUGAGUACGAUCAUGAGCAUGAACUUGAAGUUGAACUAGAAACAGGAUUGCUUGAUCUUGAUCACAGGUGCGCUGUUUCUAAAAAUAAGUGCAGAUGACAAGGGCGCAAACGUAAAAACGAAGGAUGCCUCAGCUGAGACAAAAGGAAACCUUAAAAAAAAACCAAAGCACCAGCCAAAGGUGGUCUCCGAGUCUCUCAGUUUCACUAUCUUAAGAUGAAAAGGGUAAGGGAAGAAACUACUUACUUACUCGAAAACUGAAAAUAAGCGAGUUCCUGACUGAAAUAAAAGAGUCUUGACUACGUUCCUCUUCAUUUUUCAGCACCUCGCCUAUUUUAACUAGUUACUCGGUCAUUUCAAUUUAAGACAAAAAAACAAUCUUCAGGAACAAGAGCCACUUCCUUAAUUUCAGUUGAAGGCAAAAAACAAUCUUCAGGAACAAGAGCCACAUCCUAAGUAUUGCAGCAACAAUUCUAAGUAUUGCAGCGUACAAAAAAAAAAUUCCAGGGAAGUACGAACAUGUUACACGCAACAUGCGGAGGUUUGCCGAGCGAAGUCAAGCGAUCGAGGAGGCUAAGGCUACACCGAAUGAAGCAUACCCUCUUAAUAAAGUCAACUCCCUUGGCCUCCUUUUAUUCUUAGGAGCUGAAAAGAGAUUCAGGGAAGACGUAGGUCCAACCCGAAUCGACUAACAUCACCGUCGUCUUCAGCUAAAAAAUUAUAGAAAAAAAACCUUGUGUGAGUGAUCAACGCGACGAACAACUACGAGGGCGCCCUUAUGGCAGUCUCCACUGAACUUUGUGCGAGAUUUACUGCAUUGCAAGGGACUCAAGGAUGCACUCAGGGGCGCUAACGCGGUAGCUCUAAGGAAGAAGGCGGUUUGGAAUUAAGGCCGCUGUCGUGAGUCCCUAUCUCAAAAUCUCUCCAGAUCGUAUUUUCGCAGCGAAUCAACUCCACCAGGAAUAGCGAAGUUAGUACCUGUUCCUCAAGCCCCCUUCUCACGGGCACAAUGAAUUUACCAGCGUUAAUAGAAGCAGCGCUGAGGCAAGCAGACGAGUAUGACGCAAAGAAGCUUAAGGAGGAGGCUGCUGGUCCGGAAGAGCAUUAUGUUGAGGACUAACGACAACAGCUGCGAGGAAGUUCGUAGUUUGAAACUAUCUUAGACUUAUUCGAAAAGUGAAAAUAUAUAGUUAAAUAAGCGAGUUGUAGGUAACUGCCUACAACAAGUACUAUAAUUGGCACACCAGCAGGUAAGGAUGACGCCGAACAAGCUUCACAUCUCUAAUAGAAAGCUCAGGGAGACGUGGAGGAGCAGGCCCUUCCCCCUUAUCGUCGAUUCGACCAGAAGCAUGACCUUUUUUAGGAAGAGACAUGGUGAUAGGUAGUUUUCCAUUUGAUUGUAUGGCUCUGGUAUUUGGUAACCUGAAUUUGAUCAUAAGGGUUCUUUUCUUGUUUUCCCUUAUGAUCAAACUCAGGCUAUACCAAAAAUACCGGAGCCAUUCGCUGACGAUGUUGAUAAUGAAAACGAUAACUCUUAGUCGAGCUAGAGCUAGAGCAGUGAGACAUGAGUGGUAGAGUUUAGUUCUGAUUUUGAAAAUAUUGAAAUUCUUUUCUUGAUGUUGAUGAAUGAUGAAUUGAAAUUAGUGGUAAAACCUUACUAUAUUGAUUCUAAAUCUAAUUCAUCACUCCAAAUCUAAGUCGAAUUCUACAACAUGUACUAGAUUAUUUUUAUGUUCACAAGAACCGUCGACACAGAUAUUAUAAUCCGUCUAAUCUGCGGAGACCGAGUUCGCGUUGCAUAAUCUGUUCAACAUGCAUGUGCAACACACUGUUCGGGACGAGAUCAGAGCGCAAUUUUCUCCAGAAGGCUCUUCGAGCGUUAAGGCCAUCAGGGACAUGAUACCUUCAAAAUAAAAUUUCAAAAAUCGUCAUUAUACUUUUUGAAAUAAGUAGUUGUAGGUCCUUGUUUUUGAAAUAAGGCCCUUACUAGGAGGUUGAAAACAACAUUUCGACUUCUAUCCCAUGUUCCUUCUUGUUCUUGUUGUGGACUCAAUAUACAAAUGGGUGGCGUAUACAUAGUUGUAGAGGCUGACUCCCCGUUUAGAGGCUGAUCAUUUAGGCAUGGGCGGAAAGAAUAAGAUGCUGAUGAAUCUUCACGCCUCACGAUCUGUUCAUCUCAUGAGAAUCUCCAGGGGGAGAAGAUGAAAAAAUUAUUCUGUUGCAUUGAAUUACUUAUUUCAAAGUUACUUAUUUCAGCAAAGCAACUACAACUUAACCACGGACGAUGGUGAUUGACUAGCGUUAAAAAGGCGAGCAGCGUCAAUGCUUGAAGAAAUGAAUUGCAUAAUUGAGGUUCAACCUGAAUUGCGAAGUGCAUUCUCUUCCGACCGGAUGGGUUCUUAUAUUUUUUGUUGUUGGGUCUGAGCUUGAAGAAAUAAAUUGCAUUGAGGUUGGGGUUGGGCCUCAAUUAUAUCAGACGUUUCUCACCGUUUCCCUUUCUCCCUUAAGACUGAGUCACUCUGAAGAAGUGACAACUUGCUAAUUAACUUCUUCGCUCUAUACCCCAGCCGUGAAUGGGCACACUACUGCUACUACUCAAUGAGUCACUUAUUGCUUUGAACUCCUCUAAUAGUGGCAGCAAGCCGCUGAGUCGCGGAAAAUCGCUAACGCGGAGUUUUACCUCCAACGCUGGCGCGUUGUUUUCAAGAAGUCUCUCUGCCGUUGGAGCUCGUCGUUAAGGAAAUUCAAAAAAAAAUUCUAGUCUAUAGACGUUCCGUUUAGUUCUAUCGAAUAAGCAGACUACCACUGGUUCUCUUGCCAACUGCCAUUGAUUGUUCUCCUGAUGCUGACUACCAUUGUUCUCUUGAUGCUGACUACCAUUGUUCUCUUGAGGCUGACUACCAUUGUUGGAACAGUCUCAGUCUCAGUGAACAAAGAUCUGCUUCGUCUCGCAGAAGCUGUUCGUAGAAGAUAGACCCCGAAGGGCCACUAGUUUGGAGGAACUGAGCUAUUCUAUCCUAAAGUAUUUACGGCAGUCUGCACUGAACUUUGUGCGAAUCGGAACUCGCUUGCAAAAUGCGCAGGUUGGUUUUGAUAUAUCGGAACUCGCUCACGAUACAAAAAAAAAAAAGUGCGAGAUUAAUUGUAUUGUAUUGUAUUGCCCCCUACGCCGGUAUCCACGCGGAAAAUAUGUAGGCAGGUUCUUCACGGAACUCGCUCCCGAUACAAAAAAAAAAAAUGUAUUACUGUAUUGUAUUGUAAUUAUUGUAUUGUAUUUCGCCAACAACUCUUUUACAACUUUCUCUAAGAUAGCGAAGGCGAGCAGCUGACGUGGAUCGAUAGUGACGCACUCGUCGUGCAUGGGGAAUACCUUUUCAUCGACGAGUGGUACAUUAUGACGAUCGACUUGCUUCAAGACAGAGCAUCUUCUUCAAGAUCAAAAUGAAUACUUUUCAUAGGCUGCUUCCCAUUCUUGUUAGAAAUACGUUGCAGCCUUUUAUUUCUCAAAGUGUGUGAAAAAAUAUGCAGCUACCGGGGAUUGUACAUCAGCUACAGCAGCUGCAUAAUCAUAUAAGCAUAGUUAGCGUUGAUUUUUUCUCUAAGUACUACCUGAAUCCUAAGCAUAGUCUAGUUGAUGUUUUCUCUAAGUACUACCUGUUCCAGUUACCUCGUCUCGCUUUUGAGGUGGAUGGCGUGGAAGAAUCGGACAAAAAGACUGGUAAAAAGGUGAAAAAAUUACGGCUGGAAGUGUUUCACUAUGCUCGUUGGCUAUCCAGUGUUUGUAGUGUGGAACCUCUGCAGUAUCUGCGGACUGGUGGGCUGCCUCUUCAAGAGGAGCAGGCCCUUCCUGCACUUCAAAAGGCUUGGAACAAGUAGGCAGAAAUAGCGGACUUAUUUGAUAGAUUUGAACCAGGAAUCUUCACGAUCUAGUGAAGACAAAGGGCGUCUCCAGGAAUCUUCACGAUCUAGUGGAGACAAAGGGCGUCUCAGCUUUAAGCAACUCUAAGAAAAAAUAAAAAGUCCAUACCAAAAAACGCGUUAGCGGAUCGGGUAGAGUGGCACGUUUUCGGCCUUCCAUUACCUACUCCGAGCACGAAUUAUGAACCAAAAUACUAUUUUUAGUACUGCUUCUUGAUCUACUUCUAGACCACAGUUGUACAACCUCCACUAGAAAGUUGUAGCCACUUCUAGAUGUUGGCACUACGACUCGAAGACUAGAAAACAUACUCUAGAGCCCACAACUACAUGUAGAAGAUGGCACCACUAGAAAGCGAUGUUUGAGUUUGAGUAUUCCACCUUGGGGGAGAAGCAUCUGCAUGGUUCCAAUAUUCGCAUCAGAAUUAUUCCAGGACCUUUUUUACCUCUACAACAACUUGCCUUUCUCUUAUACAUAGCCUGCAUUGCAAUUCCUAGAGAAUGUUGUAUGAGAAGGUUUUUACUUGCAUGCUAAGAAGAUAAGGUUUUUACUUCUGAAGGCUUUAUUCACUUGAGGUACUCUAUUACCAUUACCUUUACUUGUCUGCUAAGUUAUAAUCUGUUAUGAUCCUCGAGCUCGCAAUUACUUACCAGAUUCUGUCACUGUCUCUGCGUGUAGUUCAGAACUAAUCUACUCGAGCCUGUUUCGUCCCGGACAACGCGGCCUGGCCGCAGAGCCGCGGACCUUGAACCUUGAACCUAUCGCAAUUAAUACGUAUCGCAAUUAAUACGUAUCGCAAUUAAUACGUAUCGCAAUUAAUACGUAUCGCAAGUAAAAAUAUCAAUCAACGCAUCGCAAUUAGUACUCGACUACUAGUUCUAACGUAUCGCACUCACUCGAGAAGAUUAUGGUGCAGCGGUGUCAAACUUGCUAGUGGAGCAGAUAGGCGCCACUGGAAUUAUCAGAAAUAUGGGGCCUGACGAUCUGGAACUGGCCAGGCGCGAACCUUGGAAAGGCAUGGAUCCUUUGUAUCCUGAACGGUUUCUUAGCCUUAAGAGGAGAAAGAGAAUGAAUAUAUUACUUGGUGAAAGAUGAAAUAGUUAGUCUCCCUUAAGAAAAAAAAAAAAGUAAGAGGAUGCAUUGAGUCUGAAAAAUCUGAAUGGAAUACUAGAAAGAGAUACCUAGGUUCAAGAGGAGGAUGAAUACGAAUACUAGAAGGACAUAGAUUUACGCAUCCUUAUGAGGAAGAUAAAUGAAUAAGGACAUAAUGUCUAGAUCUACACCAACAUUAGUUUUGCAGGAGUUCUACAACUGCCACAACUCCAACUGCAUGGCUGAGGUGGAUAACACUAAUUAGAGAUGUUGUACCCCGCGAGUGGGUACAUCAAUCAAUCAAUCAAUCAGCUAACCUAAUUAAUCUAACUGCGUUCUCAUUUCUGAACAUGUGAAGAUAAAGAUAGAAGUUCUACUUCUUGUUCGCAUCUUCUAUUAUCUAAUUUUUGUAAUGACUUGUUCUAUUUAGCUACUAUGCCGCUAUGGCAGAGUAGGAGUGCGUUCGUUUGCACUGGUCUCUCUGCUUGUUCAGGAGAGAAUUCCACCUAGCUAUGGGGAGACUUUUUCCUUUUCCUAGAGGAUGCAUGGUUCCAAGACGUCGUGGUUGUAACAUCUAAAAUGUUUGAUCCGAAUAGACUGAGACUACGACAACAGGAUCAAGAGGCGAGGUGGAGCCUGGCUCGUUGGGUUGCUCAGAAUUUGCCACCAAAAGAAUGGAAACAGUUAAGACUUGGUCACUAGGAUUUAAGAAAGUACUUAAAUAGUAUUGGACUCGGCCACUAGGAUUCGGAAUUAUGCAAGUACGGAUAAGACUUCAGUAGAGGGAACUAAGAAAGUGCUUGGUGUAAGACUUGAGUAGUAGAAUAAGGAAUUAAGAAAGUUCUUAUAAGACUUGUUGCGGAGCAGGAAAUAUUAAGAACAAAGUACUUGUAGGACUUGGCUAUGGCUAGGUGGAAUACUUGGCGGAAGAGAAGGUGCUUACAUUUUGACUUACAAGUAGGAAGUCCUAGCACUAAGAGACAGGUCUCGCUGAUGUAAGAAGGUACUUGCAAAUAGUACGUGUGCUUGUUCAGGGUAAUUCAUCAUUGAUGAAGUAGGUUCGUUAUAUAUAAGUAGUCAAGCUAGUUUAGCAACACGUGUAUCUUCUAUAAUACCAACACGUGCAUCUUCCACUGGAAGAGGACUCUUAGUCGCUAAGUAGAUAGGAUUAGCUCACUGCAUUCUCCUAGAAGUAGAGGACUCAUUUCGAAAUAAUCGAUUACACGAGCGUGAGAGUGAGUUGUCACUCGUUGUACCAAUACAGGCUGCACAACAUUCCCAUCAAGACAUACAACAGGGUAACGGGGUAAUAAACAACUCUUAUUCAUUCAUAUUAGCUCUCUGCCUCCUGUAGCUCUAACCAGAGCCUACACCCAGAGGACAGUCGUCCCUGUAGCGAGACCAAAAAAGUAAAAUUCUACCACAUCAUCAUCACCAUCAUCAUCAUCAUCAUCAUCAUCGUAGUAGUAGUAGGCUCUAAUAAAGAAGCAACAGCGGAUGGAUUUGCUACGACAGCCUGGCUUCAGGGAGCUCGGGAUCGGCACAAUGUCUACCAAUUGCUUACUAGUUAUGUAGCCUUGUCCACCGAAGAUUACUUAGCACUUAUGUGUGAUUUUAGAAUGUCGAUAGAACAAAUAGAAUGUUGCCAAGAUGAAUAUUGAUACCGGUACAGGAAGAGAAGUCGAAAAAUGAUCAUAGGGAAACAUGAUGUAAUGAUGAUUAUCCUCGAUUAUUAUUAUCAUUAAGUGAUAAUAAUAAUCGAGGAUAGAAGAAGUAGAAUACGUCUGCGUCUCACUCUGCAUCAUGUGACUAAAGCUCGUUGCUCUGAUACAUAGACUUAGAGCUAGAAGACAUCAUAGCUGUUGUGAUGAAAACGCUUACCGUUCAUAAGCCCUGUAGGAGCCACCCAGUUGGCCUCGAAGCAAAGUGUUUUGUCCUCGUCAGGACGUCGGGAAAGAUCCGUCUCAGCUGGGCCAAUAGCGGGAGGGGAAGGCGGAGUUAAGGGCUAUCAUUAUUUCUGCCAUCAUUUCAGUCAAUUUCGAAAAUCUGAAUUUUUUUGAGGUUCUGUCGGAAUCUCAACUAGGGCGAGGGCCACGUCGUCUCUUGUUCUAUUGUAACCUAUGUAUAUCUAAAGCUACGUCGUCUCUUGUUCUAUUGUAACCCAUAUGGACGAAAGCUAAAGGGGGAGGAAAAGAGAAACAUAAAUCCACCCGACCCGGAAGAUGAUUUGAGUACAACUUCUAGUGCCCCCUCUGAUAAGGAAGAUGAUGCUACUAAAUCUAAACAUGAUCCCUCAAGCUUCACGUCGACUGGUCGUGGUGAACAACUAGACGGAGGACAGCCAGAAGAUGAAGCAAGAGAAGAAAAACAAGCAUCAGAACCGGAAAAAGAAGCAGAGGAAGAAGAAGAGACGCCACUUCUGGGGUUACGGCCUCACUCACUCACUUAAUCACUCAUCUUUGUUACACUUCCAUAUACGUGGCAUCCGUGGUUUUCUCCUUUACAAUUGUCGACUCAUAUUCCUUGAGUCCUCCAUCACAAGUGCUUCAUAUUGUUCUUAUUCAUCGUUGAUUCUUAGUAGAGGUGAAACCUUACAAUCUGCUUUGUUAAAUGCUUACUCUUACUCAGCGUUGAUUCAUAAUAAAGCUCCGUGUAAGUGUAAGACGAAGCAGAAGCUUUAUGUAUCAUAUGGCCCUCAGUUUAUGUGAGUGACAAGAAAAUUGAAAGGCCUUUUCCCUGGCAGUCAUUUCAGGAAGAAAGGCGGCAUGGCAUGCCGCGUAACUGACUCUUAGUUUCAUCAGUUUCAUCUUCUUACUCAUCUUGAUCUUCUUUACUCAUCGUAAGAGGAACAAGCAUUCAUUUUUCUAAUCUCAGAGGUGGAACUACCCGUAUUGGAUCCAGACGUUGUAGACAGCUUCCUCAUCGAUUGCCAGCCUCUAUCAAUCGGCUUCGGAACCGGUGAGAGUAGGGAGUUCUCUUACAUUUAAUAGAGCAGGUAGAACUGGUGAUGGUUCGGGGAGUACGAGUAAGGAGCUCUCUUACAUUCGAGCUGGUGAGUAGGGAGUGGGGAGUUCUCUUACACUUACUAGGGGGAGAACUGGUGGGGAACUCGAACUGGUGGUGGCUGGAGGGGUAGGGGGUUCUCCUACAGUUAGAGGGAGACGGAGAGGUCGUAGUCGUGGAGAAUUUUCAUGUAUUGACAGCGAAAACAAGUCGUAUCGCGUCGUAUUGAAGACUACUAGAUCCAGAUUAUUACAGGCGAGAAACUUUUUCAUCAGCACCUACUUCAGUACAAUCACGAUAACGCCCGACGAGGACUAAACGAUAACCAUUCAUUCAUUCAUUUACCUGUUCUGGAGGUAUCGCGGAAAAUAGGGUAGCUGUAUAGACAUAUUUGAUAUAUUUUUGUUCGGGAUAGUUAAUAUCAAAAUUUUGCUCCUUCAUUAUCAUCAUUGUUAUUUAACUCAAUUUCACGAGUCGAAAUUUUCAUUAUUAAAGAGAUAGAUCGGGAUGACGAUGAGUGGCCAGAUCAUUCGUCACCAUCUAAAAAAGCCAAUGUCUUGUAUCUUCAUGUGAGUCAUUUACAAGAACUAGAACUGGAGGAAAGUAGAGUUGGAUCCAUGCGCCACUCGGACUCGCUGAGGGAGAGGAGCAUCCACUUCCACUCGCUCUAUUUUGAUUAUGAAUCUUAAUCUUUGUGAUAGAAGAAUAAGAUGAAGAUGUUAUGAGCAAACAGAAUCGAUAGAAUUAGAAUCUUCAAAAAUUGAAGUACAAAUGUGUGUUUGUUUGUUCGACGAAGGUGACUCAUCAACACAUUGGGUCUUACUCUUAGGAAAGAAAAAUGUGACAAUCGUGAGGUGGACUACAAGAAAGUCAAGGGACUUCCAAGAAACGCUGCACCCCCAAGGACUACGGAUAGAAGGGCCUCCUCCCUGCGUACGGAAGUCUACUCUAGAAGUAGCUAUAGCUAUUUUUGGAAGAAAAGAUGGUCCAGAAACCCAAAGGAUGACACAACUCAACUUGUGAAGUCAUUUCAGGUCGUUGAUUGUUCUAGUAUCAGAUAAGUACUUUCUUCAAUUGAUCAGAUUGUGUUGUACUAUCAAUAAAGAAACAAACAUCGAGAAAUUCACUUGAGGUUGUGUUGUACUAUCGAUAAAGAAACAAACAAGUGCAACUACUUACAACUAGACCUAAU